AGUAUAAAUGAGGAUCAAGCGAUUGUUUGGCUUGAGCUUGCAAUGGAAAUCCUUGAAGCAGCAUGGAUUCCUCUAUUAAUUGUGUUACUCAUUGCUGUCAGAAAUCUGAGAAAAAUGUCUAAAAUGGUACCUGGGCCAACUCCCUUACCCAUAAUUGGCAAUCUUCAUUUAAUCUCCUCUCUUCCUCACAGAUCUCUCGCUACUCUUGCCCACAAAUAUGGCCCAAUUAUGACUCUUUACUUUGGUUCUAAACCAGCCAUUGUAUUAUCAUCCUCAGAGAUGGCUCAACAAGUCCUCAAGACCCAUGACAGCAUAUUUGCAAACCGCCCUGUGAUUGAAGACCAUAAUUACAUCCUCAGCCCAUACAAAAUUGCAUCUGCUCAGUAUGGUCCCUACUGGAAAUUGCUGCGCAGAAUCUUCAUUCAGGAGAUUCUCUCUCCCAAAAGGAUGGAUUCCUUCAAAUCCCUGAGAGCCCAAGAAAUGUCUGCCAUGAUGCAGUCUAUACUUGAGACUGCGCUCAUAAAUGCAAAGGGUGGCGUGAAUUCCUUGGCUACAGAUUUGAGCAAAGAGGUCACUUAUUUGACUAGUAAUAUUUUGUCUAGAAUCACUUUUGGGAAGAAAUGCUAUGAAUCUCAUCUGGGUGAGAAGACAUUCAAAGAAUAUUUGGAUGAAGUGCUUCCUGCGUUAAGUGGAUUCAAUUACAGAGAUUUUAUUCCUCUGUUAAGGUGGCUUGAUUGGCAUGGCCUUAAGAAGAGAGAGGCUGAGAUCACCAAGAUUUUUAAUGGGUAUUUUGAGAGGAUUGUGGAUGAACAUGUAGAAAGAAGGAAGAAAUCCAGUAAUUUGGACUGUGAGGACCUUGUGGAUGUACUGCUUUGUAUGUCUGAAGAUGAAUCCAUGGAGAUCAAGAUUACCAGAGACCACAUCAGGACUGUCAUUUUUGACAUAGAUACCUCAGGAAGUACACUGGAAUGGGCAAUGUGUGAGUUGCUUAGAAAUCCUUCAGCCAUGGAGAGAGCUCAGCUAGAACUUGAUGCAGUAGUGGGACGCAAUAGUAUGGUACAAGAAUCUGAUCUUCCCCAUCUUCAAUAUUUGCAAUCGGUGGUAAAAGAAACACUUCGUCUUUACCCACCUGGUCCUCUGCUGCUUCCACACCAAUCUAUGAAACACUGCACAAUUGCAGGAUAUGAAAUCCCACAAAACACUCGUGUCAUUAUAAAUGCAUGGGCUAUUGGGAGAGACCCAACUGCCUGGGAAGAGCCCGAUUUCUUCAAACCUGAAAGAUUUUUCCAAAGCAAAAUUGAUGUGAAAGGUCAGGAUUUUGAGCUCAUACCCUUUGGUUCAGGUCGUAGAAUAUGCCCAGGGAUUAAUUUGGCUUUGUGCAUGAUUCAGCUGGGACUUGCACAUUUGUUACACUGCUUUAACUGGAGUCUUCCUGGAGGGGUUACUGCUGAUAAUCUGGAUAUGUCUGAAACAUUUGGAAAUACAAUGACAAGGGAACUUCAUCUUCAUGCCAUUCCAGUUCCCCGCCUUCCGCUUGACAUCCUUCAGUCACAAGUCUAGCUCUUAUGAAGAACAUGAGAUUUUCACAGUUCUGUCGUAGAUUAUUAGUGUCAAACUUCCUUGUAUAUAUUUUUGUUUCGAAUGUCUUAGUACAACUAAUUAUGGUAUUAUGUAGUUUCCUAAUUAUGGUAUAAUGUAGUUUCUUAAUGGCAAUUUUUUAUCUAA